CUGUCAAUAGUGUCAACGUGAAAAAGUCAAUAACAUUUGUACAGUUUGCAUAUUAUUGUAUUUUACUUUGCCAAAACCAAACUAUUUAUUUAUUUAUUUAAUUCCUUGAAAAGUCAUGUCCUCAAAACCCAUCAAUCGUAGACAAAAGUGGAGCCUUGAAAACAUCAAAACCAGACCUCCUGCAGAACCUUUACCCUCCCCACCAGCCUAUUCUUCUGCGGCAAUCAGUGUCAAUACAGAAGUUUCCAAAAAAACUGAUGUCUCUCGCCUAAUAACUAAAAAAUCAUGGGACUUGGCCCUCGCUCCGAUCAAGCAAGUGCCCAUGAACCUCUUCAUUUCUUAUAUGGCAGGAAACUCGAUUUCAAUAUUCCCCAUCAUGAUGGUCGGUAUGUUACUGAUGAGACCCGUACAAGCAAUAUGGGCAACAAAGAGUACGUUUAAGAUGAUGGAAACGUCGAAUGCUAUAUUGCAAAUGAUUGUUUAUGUGUUUGGAAAUUUGGUUAAUAUGGCUUUGGCACUUUAUAAGUGUCACAGUAUGGGCUUGUUGCCGACCCAUGCCAGCGAUUGGUUGGCUUUUGUGGAGCCACCUUUGAGGAAUGAGUAUUUGGGAGGAGGAGUUUUGUUGCAUUAAGUUUAAAACACUGUAAAUACACUUAUGGUUUAUUUAAUAACUAAACAAUAAAAAGGUUUAUUAGGA